GUGAAGCUGCUCUGCGCACAAGCAUGCUCUCUGUAUAAAACGGGCGCUCCUCCACACACGGAUUACACUACACACGGGAAGUCACUGGGGCUUCUUUUUUAAAAACCAAAGCAAAUCGCAGACCUCCAAAAAGCCAACAUGCAAACUACAGACGAUGUGAGCUUUUGGAGAUUUUUUCUAUUUUCAUGCCUCUUUUUGCAGAGUUCCAGUCAAGACUUUGGAGGACAAACGCAAUUUAUCUGCACCUCGGUUCCAAAGGAUACGGACAUAUGCGCCGCUACUUUGCAAAACAGCGUCCCAGGUGAUGACUUGAAGAGCACCGUGGUGCAGCUGAGGGAGACGGUUUUGCAGCAGAAGGAAACCAUCAUGAACCAGAAGGAAACCAUUAGGGAACUGACCUCAAAGUUGGCACGAUGCGAGAGCCAGAGCGGCGCCGAGGCAGGGGAAGGGCGUCCCGGGGGUAGGAGGAAAGAACCUGGCACCAAAAACACCAUGGGGGAUGUUUCCAGGGGCCCCGCGGACACUUUGGCGCAACUCUCGCAGACUUUACAGUCCCUCAAGCAGAGAUUGGAAAACCUUGAGCAAUUCAGUCGAAGUAACAACUCGGUACAAGCCAACAGCCUCAAAGACCUGCUCCAAAGUAAAAUCGAUGACUUGGAGAGGCAGGUGUUGUCCCGAGUGAAUAGCAUUGAGGAGGGAAAGCCCGGACUCCGAAAUGAGACAGAGCAGCGUGGGAGAGUGGAGUCCACCCUCACGUCUCUGCACCAGAGGAUCACCGACCUGGAGAAAGGUCAGCGAGAAAACAGGCCUCUGGAUAAAUUCCAGCUCACAUUUCCACUGAGAACCAACUACAUGUACGCAAAGGUGAAGAAGAGUUUACCUGAGAUGUACGCACUCACCGUUUGCAUGUGGCUCAAGUCCAACGCGUCCCCAGGAGUGGGCACGCCUUUUUCCUACGCCGUUCCCGGUCAGGCUAACGAGCUGGUGCUCAUCGAAUGGGGAAACAACCCGAUGGAGAUCUUGAUUAAUGAUAAGGUUGCCAAAUUGCCUUUCUUGAUCAAUGACGGCAAAUGGCAUCAUAUCUGCGUGACGUGGACCACUCGUGAUGGUGUCUGGGAAGCUUUCCAGGAUGGCGUCAAGAGGGGGAGCGGUGAGAACCUGGCACCGUAUCAUCCUAUAAAACCACAAGGCCUGCUGAUCCUCGGUCAAGAGCAGGACACGUACGGUGGAGGCUUCGACGCCACUCAAGCGUUUGUUGGAGAUCUGGCCAACUUUCACAUCUGGGAUCGGAAACUAUCCGUGGGAGAAAUCUAUAAUUUGGCAACUUGCAGCAGCAAAGCACAAGUGGGCAACGUUUUUGCGUGGCUGGAAACCAGUCUUGAAAUUUACGGAGGUGCCUCCAAGUGGACAUUUGAAGCUUGCCGCCAUCUCAACUAAAGAACGGAGAGGUCGCUGUGGUCAGAAAGUCUGGAAAGGAAUUUGAAGGCAGUCGCUAGAUGCUGAGUUGAAAAAAAAUAUAUGAGCAAAGCCUUUUUAAAACCACAUUUCCUCUUUGGGAGAGUAUUUGAGUAAUGCACAUUUGCAACUUUAUGCGGUGUGUAAAAUGCACGACGAGUUGUCCGAUGCCCCGAGGAUGCUCACGACAACACAAAGAAAAAAUCAAAUGCAGCAGAUGGUCAUGUAGUCUUUGUAAAAAAAAAAAAAAAAAGAUGUCCUGCGAUUCAACUUCCUCGAGAGAUUCCUUUUUUUUUUUUUUUUUUGACUGCCAGGGAUUUUCACUGUGAAAAUGGACAAGGCCGAACUUCUUUGAAGAGUUGCUCAACAGACCGCUGGGUUUUCUCUCUCUUGCUUUUCAACACCCCCCCCCCCCUCCCCUCCUGCCAAUUGCUUGACGUGAUUUCGUGUGAAGAAGGGUGACACGCCCAUUGCCAACAUUCAAGCCUGAGUGCCUUGGGCUGUUGAAAAGAAUCUCAGCGCAUUCACGAGUGCUUGUCUGUCUCUCAUUCUUUUUCUUCAAUUUAAUUUGAUCCGUGUGUUUAUCAGAACACUUUAAAUAAGGCAAGGGUAGUCCUGAAAUGCAAUUUAUGGGGCAUUUUGCAGAAUGUUUGUACAUUAUUAGGAAUGUUCUCUGUACAGUAAAACAGCAUGUCUUAACUUGUGUAAAUGCUGCGUAAGCAUCUACUGUAUGAUCUUUGCUUUUACUGUUGGAUUUUCAGGUGGAGAUUUUAUACUGCAUUGUUAUAUGCUUAAAGCAUGGCAGCACUAACAGAUGAAAAAAAAUUCUAGUUUUUGUAAUAAAUUGUGAUACUUGACU